UGUCAGCGAAAACUAAGCUGAAGAACAGCGGGGUGCGUCAUUGUGCCGUGUCCCGAUCCAAGACUUUGAGCCCCAUCGCCCAAACAAGAGUGCCUGGAUUCCGAGCGGAUCCUUCGCGUAUCCCAGGGUUUAGCUGUUUCUGGGAAAUUGUACGAGCGCGAUGCGUUGCGAGAAGGCUGCGCUGCGGUUUUGGACUCUCAUCCUGAUGGUCAAGGUUACACUGGCAGCUGACUGCGCCAGUGGGCGUUUCACAGACUCAGGGGAGUGCUGUAAUCUGUGCCCAGAGGGCCACGGCGUGGCAGAAGAGUGUGGGCAGGAAAACACAAAGUGCCAGCCCUGUCAGGAGGGAGUGACCUUCUCUGACGGCCGCUCCCCGUGCCGGGCCUGUGCCCGCUGUCCCCUGGGGAUUCCAGAAACGGCCCCCUGCAGCGCGUCCCAGGACACGCGGUGUGACUGCGGGCCCAGCUUCUACCUGUGGCGCGAGGAGAACAGCACGGCCGGCCUGUGCGCCGCCUGCUCCAUCUGUGGGCGGGGCCAGGGCGUGGUGCGGAGCUGCGGCCCGCUCGGGAACACUGUCUGCCAGCCCUGCGGCCCGGGGACGUUUUCGGAGGAGCGCAGCGGGACCAAGCCCUGCCAGCCCUGCUCCCGGUGCCAGGAGAAUGAGGUGGAGAUCCGGCCCUGCCAGCCCAACUCGGACACGCUGUGCAUGGAGAGGAAACUCCACAUCCUGUCCCGCCCUGCUGAUUCGGACGGCCCGCGCGAGUUCCCCCGUUGGCAGGGGCACCAAGAGGAUGAGGACGGAGGGGAAGCCAGCCCUGCCACCAGAGCCCCCAAAUUUACCCCCCAGGAGGAGGAGGGCAACAACAUUAUCCCCGUCUACGUGUCUGUGCUGGCCGCUGUGGUGCUGGGGCUUCUGCUCUAUGUCGCCUACAAGUGCUGGACAUCCUGUAAGCAGAAGCAGGCUCUGGCAAAGGCAAGACCUGCGGAGCUGGGCAGCGCCGCCGAGGGGGAGAAACUGCACAGCGACAGCGGGGUGUUCCUGGACUCCCACAGCCUGCAGGACAGCCAGCCCAGCAAAGGCAGCAAGCGGGACAGCAAGCUGGACAGCCGGCUGUACCUGAACGUGGCGCCGCACCGGCAGGAGGAGGUGGAGCGGCUCCUGCGGGAGGGCGAGGGCCGCAGCUGGAGGCAGCUGGCUGCGCAGCUGGGCUACGAGCCGGAGCGGGUGGACGUGUUCGGCCGCGGCGAGGACCCCGUCCACACGCUGCUCUCCCACUGGGCCUCGCAGGAGGGCUCCACGCUGGGCGCGCUCUGCUCCGCCCUGACCAGGAUCGACCGGGCCGACGUGGCCAGCGCGCUCACCUGUCCCGCCCAGGGCAGCUCCGUGGUCUGAGCACCGGAAACCCCACCUCCCCCUUCCCUAGACUGACAGACUGAGGGGAGGGUCGCAGCAGUGCGGGGAAGGGGACCCUGACUGUACCACUGCUAAGUUAGCCAAAAAAAGGAGUUGCAAUCUUUCUUCAUGUCACACCAGUAAAACCGCUCCACUGCAGAAGGCAGUGUAAGACCAAAGGCUGUCCAACUGUACCAGAGGCCCUGAUUGGCUGGGAGUCUUACCCCUUGGUCUGAGAUACGUCAGCAUGCACAUGUAUUCUUCAAGGCUCUCUGCUCUGUCAUCCACCCAUGAAGACAAAGACCUGCGUUCACACAGAGCUCUUGGACAUUAAAACCGUCAGGAUCUACUAGCCCAGGGUCCUCCAGCGCUUUCCGUGCACUCUGUGUUUGUCUGUGCAGUCUUGUCCCCUCUCUCCGUUCGAGUCCGAGGUACCCGCUCAGCGCAUUUCAGACCUUUGAAACCUUAAAAUGUUACAGACCUGGCCUGUCGCGGGGGUUCUACAGUGAACACAGCCAGAUUCCAUCAUUAAAUAUCCUGCAGACCCUGUGUGACUUUAAUUGCCCUAUUGUCUUUACGAAUACAGAAAUGAUCUGAACGGUGCUCUUGUGUGCAGUUACAGCUCAAACUUCCUCGUUCAGUCAUCAGUAACAUUAUCGCCCUGUAAACUUUGUAUC